CCCCAAGAAUAGAGACACAGUUGACUGGAUGCACCUCGAAACGCCCCGCUCGGCCGAUCCUUUUGUUUCAGAAGCCUCAGCAAGCCACUGCCGCAAAGGUCGCGCGACAGGCCAUGCCAGCCUCCCGGGCGAGCGUAUACGAACACAUCCACUGUCGACAUGUCUUCCUCAGUGAACCACCCCGCCACCUUUCCGGACAUGCCUCCAUCUUCCUCCGCUGGCGGCCAUGAGAUGCGAGACUACUAUGCCGGACAGGAUGCACCACGACCUAUGACGAACCAAGCACUAUACCUCACACCAUACCUCGGCCUUCGAGCUAGACUCUCGCAGGUUUGGAUCAACCGCUGGACCAUUCUCCUCGCUCUGAUCCUCGUACGCGUACUCAUUGCUACUCGCGAUCUUAACGACAACCUCGAUUCGGCCAGGCGCGAAGCUCUUUCGGCAUGCACGAGUGUCGAGACCGCGGGCAGUGUCAUGGCAUCGAUGCCUCACUACAUGUCGCAGGGCGUCAACGAAAUUACGGCUGCGGGUAUUGAGAAGGCUGUCCAUGGACUGAUGGCUAUGCUCAAUCUUACCAUCACCGGUGUCGAAGAGAUUGUUGUCUUCUACAUCAACCUCUUGACCUCCACCUACGUCUGCCUCAUCACCAUGGCUGUCCGUGGCAGCCUUCACGUUGUUCUCAACGCGGUUGAGGACAUCUCGGACGGCCUUAACAAGACCCUCGACGUUGUUGGCGAUGACAUUGCCAGCGUAGCCGACGGCUUCCAGGACGAAGUCAACAAGCUGAUCAAGGCCAUCAACAGCAUCCCUCAGAUCUUUGGUGGUGAUGGCAUGGAUUCUCUCAACCUGACCAAGCAGAUCGACGAGCUCAAGAACCUGCAAAUUCCUUCCGGGUGGGACGAGGGCCUCGAAAAGCUUAACAACUCGAUCCCCACCUUCUCCGAGGUUCACAACUUGACGAACACUGCUCUGCGGUUCCCCUUCGAGAAAGUCAAGGAUCUGAUCUCCGAGCACACGAACACGUACAAGUUUGACCGUUCGGCUUUCCCAGUUCCUGCCAAGGAGUCUUUGUCCUUCUGUUCGGACGACGACGGUAUCAACGAUUUCUUCGAUGGUCUUGUCGAGACUGAGAAAAUUGCCAAGAAGGUCUUCAUUGCAGUGCUCGUCGUUGCAGCCAUCCUUGUCUGCGUUCCGAUGGCCUGGAGAGAGAUUAGGGCGUGGCGCAAAAUGCAACAGCGCGCCAUGCUCGUCAGCACCAAGUCCUACGAUCCCAUGGACGUAGUGUACAUCGCUUCCAGGCCAUACUCGGCGACGUUCGGUAUCUGGCUCGCCAACCGCUUCAGCUCAGUACGCAAGCAAACCGCUGUGCGCUGGGUUGUGGCGUACUGUACUACUGUGCCUGCACUGCUUAUACUCGCGCUGGGUCUGGCAGGCUUACUGGCCUGCCUUUGCCAAUAUAUCCUCCUCAAGACAAUUGAGAAGGAGGUCCCAGCUCUGGCAGCACAGGUUGGCGAUUUCGCCGAGGAUGUUGUCUAUGCGCUCAACAACGCCUCUGAGGCAUGGGCCAACGGGACCAACACCGCCAUCAUCAAGAUGAACACUGAGCUCAAUGACAACAUUUUCAGUUGGGUCAACACCAGCACAUCUGCGCUCAACAACACGCUCAACGUGUUUGUUGACGAGAUGAGCAACGCUCUCAAUGUUACUUUUGGCGGCACUAUCCUGUAUGAGCCCAUCACCGAGGUUCUGAACUGCCUUAUCACGCUCAAGAUCGAGGGCAUUCAGAAGGGCCUUACGUGGGUCCAUGACCACGCGCAUAUCGACUUCCCCACUAUGGACAACGACACUUUCUCUCUGGGUGCUGCUGCCGCGCUCUCGAACGGCACCAAGGAUGACUCUUUCCUUGCCGAUCCGAGCAGUGAGACGACCGACGCCAUCACUGGAACGGUUACCAGGCUCGUCAACAAGCUCGAAGAGGGCAUUCGAAUUGAAGCCAUCAUCAGCACCUGCGUUCUCAUGCUCUGGGUUAUCGUCUUUCUCAUCGCCUUCACCCGUAUGCUUGUUGUCUUUAAUGGCCACGGCAAGACACGCGCCGAAGGCGGCCAGUCUUACGCCGUUGACCCCGAAACCGACCACUUCCGCCCUCACGACAUUCCCGUCGCAGUGCCUCCCCCUGUCGCGCGUCCUGAUGCUCAAAUGGACAUGCCGGCGCCUCCCCAGUACGAGUAUGUGAACAAGAGUGCGCCGUACACUAUUGUCCCGCGUCCGUUCCCCAGCCACAACAACCAACACAACGAGCCCGCCAACAAUUCUGACGAGUUCCCCCUUGGCUCCAGCGAAAAGCUGGGCGAGGUGGACUCGCACAAUGUGGGUAUCGCAGUGUCCAGGCCGGAUCACCAUCGGACGAGCAGCCACGGGCGGAUUGGCGCUACCACGCCAUCGCCCGCGUCUGACGAGAAGUCCAGCGACGGCAAAGGCAAUUACAAUCCAUUUUUCUAAGCGCGCGUGCUGGAGUUAAAUCUCCAAUCCUCACAGACCUUUCCUCGCUUCGGUUGACGGACUGAUGUCUACCGAGGAUGUGUGCGCCCGCUCAGAACUGCGAGAGACGUAAAUGCUCAGGUUACGUACUUUGGUCACUGAGGUUAUUCUUCGCUCCCCUUCGCGGCGCGA